AUGCCUACAGUCGUCGGGCCGAGUUUGUCCUCUUACAAGCACAUCGCACCCGCCGGAUCGGAGAAAUCCGAGAGCAUCGAAUCCGUCACUUAUGAGACUCCUCGGAAGAGAAAGUUGAGAUCGGAUUCGGCGGCCGAGGCGGCGGAUGUGAAUCUCCUGUCUGGAAAUUCGGUCCUUACCCCGAAGAAAUGGAAAUCUAAUCGACGAAUCGCUGCUUCCAAUCUCAAAAUGCCAGAGAAGGAAGUUAAGGAAGCCUCCAAUGAGAAUUUGGCGGUGGAGAAAUUAUCUGACUGUUUAGGCUCUAAAUCUAACUGGAAUCUUAGAGAUGAGGAGCAAAUGAGAGCUGUGAAGGAGGCACUCCACGUGUCGAAAGCACCAUCAACUAUCGUUUGCCGUGAAGGUGAACAGAGAAGUGUUUUCGAGUUUGUGAAAGGCUGCAUAGAGCAACAGAAGGCUGCGAGUUUGUACAUUUGCGGUUGUCCUGGAACCGGAAAAUCACUGUCCAUGGAGAAAGUUAUACAACAAGUUGGUGACUGGACGAAGCAGGCUGGUUUGCCACUCGCGGAUACAUUGUCUGUGAAUUGCACUUCGCUGACUAAAACAACGGAUAUUUUCAGCAAGAUACUUGGUGAAAUAGAGCCCUUGACGAAAGCUAACUCCAACUCUUCUCCACUACAACAUCUUCAGAGAUUGUUUUCUCAGAAGCAAGAAUCGUCCAGCUCGAGAAUGAUGUUAAUCAUUGCAGAUGAAAUGGAUUACUUGAUUACUAAAGACCGAGGAGUCCUGCAUGAUCUCUUUAUGCUCACAACUUUGCCGUUUUCUAGGUGUAUACUUAUAGGUGUGGCAAAUGCGAUAGACCUCGCAGAUCGUUUCCUUCCUAAAUUAAAGUCCCGUAACUGCAAACCUAUGGUUAUCACUUUCCGUGCCUAUUCUAAUGAUCAGAUCCUUAGGAUACUACAGGAGAGGCUUAUGGUGUUUCCACAUGUUGUAUUUCAACCAAAAGCCUUGGAGCUCUGUGCCAGGAAAGUUGCUGCAGCAUCAGGUGACAUGAGAAAGGCUCUAUGCGUCUGCAGGAGCGCUCUAGAAAUUUUAGAAACUGAAAUAAGAGGAACAUCUGGCCAGGAAUCUCAAGGUCCAACUCCAGACGAUCCAGUGGUGAGGAUGGAUCAUAUGGCCAACGCAUUAUCUAAGACGUUUAAGUCUCCUGUAGUUGACACUAUUCAGUCUCUUCCUCAACACCAACAAAUCAUUAUAUGUUCUGCUGCAAAGGCUUUUCGGGGGAGCAAAAAGGAUGCAACCAUUGUAGAGCUUAAUAAGUUAUAUGUUGAACUCUGUAAAUCUUGGACGAUUUCUCCAGCUGGAAUCACAGAGUUCACUAACAUGUGUACAGUGCUAAAUGAUCAGGGGAUACUAAAGAUUGUUCAAGCCCGUGGGAAUAAGGUAAAGAGAGUUAGCCUGAGAGUAGACGAAUCAGAUAUUACAUUUGCUCUGCAGGGAAUACGAUUCUUCCGCAACUGUCUUCUGUGA